AUGCCUGCCGUAAAGGAGCCGAACCGUCACACAAAAGCAAGAUGGAGGAUCUCACAGUCGAAGUAUGCGGCGAAAACGGAGCGUAUUAUAAGGCCUUUGUCACCGAUGUCUUUGACGACGAAGUUUUGGUAACUUUUGAGAAUGACUGGCAACCCGAAUCGAAAUUCCCAUUUGCUCAAGUCCGUCUACCUCCAAAAGAUGGUUCCAAAACAGAAUUUCAGGAAAACCAGGAGAUCGAAGUAUUCUCUAGAUCUAACGAUCAAGAAGCAUGGGGUUGGUGGAAAGCACUUAUUAAGAUGAGUAAAGGAGGUUUUCAAGUAGUCGAAUACUUGGGAUGGGAAUACACAUAUACUGAAAUUGUAGCUAGUGAGCGACUGAGAGCCAAAAAUCCAAAUCCCCCUAUUGACAAAAACACAUUUCACAAGAUCGAAAUUGAAGUACCUGAAGAGCUGAGAGAAUUUGCGAAGAUGGACAAUGCACAUAAAGAAUUUCAAAAGGCGAUAGGGGCGGCAGUGUGCCGAUAUGUGCCUGAACGAGGAGUACUGCUGGCCAUCUCCCGUCAUGAAAAUAUACAUCGUCACAGUAGCAUGCUCCAAGAAAUGCACUUUAGAAACUUAUCGCAAAAGGUUUUACUGUUAAAGAGAACGGAAGAAGCAGCCCGUCAACUUGAAUCCACUAAGCUUCAAACAAUAGGGGGCAAAUUUAGAUCUUCAAACUUUAUAUAUCAGCGUGUCUCAGACUUUGAGGCAGGAGUGAAAACAAAUUCAAGAUAUACUGAUGAAUUUAAUGUUCGAGAAGAUCUGAUGGGGCUAGCUAUUGGUGCUCAUGGUGCAAAUAUUCAACAAGCGCGAAAAGUUGAUGGCAUUACAAAUAUAGAGUUAGAAGAAAAUUCAUGCACAUUUAAGAUAUAUGGAGAGACGCAUGAAGCUGUUAAAAAAGCUCGAUCUAUGCUGGAAUAUAGCGAGGAAUCUAUACAAGUCCCACGAGUGUUGGUAGGAAAAGUAAUUGGGAAGAAUGGUCGUAUUAUCCAAGAAAUUGUCGACAAGAGUGGUGUAAUAACAACUGGCUCGAGUGGGAAUAUACAUAUUGAUAAAGUAAGAGUAAAAAUAGAAGGAGACAACGAACCUCAACCAACGAUUCCACGAGAGGAGGGUCAGGUGCCCUUCGUCUUUGUUGGCACUGUCGAAAGCAUCGCCAAUGCCAAAGUUCUGUUGGAAUACCAUUUGGCACAUUUAAAGGAAGUAGAACAACUGCGACAAGAAAAGUUAGAAAUUGAUCAACAACUACGAAGCAUGCACGGAUCGACUACAGGACCGAUGCCCAGCUUUCCUCCCACAAGACGAGGAAUGGUUGCAGGACCUGAAGAGGGUAUUAGCGGUCGUGGAGGUCGCGGUGGUCAGUCUCGAGGGCGCGGAUCUCGGGGUAGAGCCCCUACCAGACACAAUGCCGGAUUACGUAGAGAUACUUUGGAUGGCAGCGAGGAUCGUGUUCGGGAUUUACCGCCAAGAGGUGGUCAUCAGGGAGCCGGUAAUUCAGGGUACAUGAGUGGUAGACAAGGUCGUCCUCCAACCCAACGUAGAGAUCGUAGAGACGAACGUCGUCGUACUACCGAUGAUGAAGAUACUGUUUUAGACAGCCAAGACGUUUCAAGCAUUGAUAGAGAGUCAGUAUCGAGUGUGGAGGGAGGAGCUAAAGGAAUAAGACGAAGACGACUUCGGCGUUCGCGGCAACGAAGCUCAACGCCAAUAAGUGCUAGUCAGACAGGCAGUAAUGCCGGCCCGUGCGACCAAUCAACAAUGAAUAGCAAGGAAGGAACACCCGCGAACGACGUAUCCAUGUCUAACAACAGUUCGCAAGGACCUAAAGGCCAAAGAGAACAUCGGUCUCGUCCUCCUCGUAUGCAGCAGAGCAAUAAGCCUAAAGAAGCUCUGGUUAACGGUACCAGUGGCUAAGCAACCGUUGCGUUGUCGCCAAUUGCUACUAACGUUGCUACGUUACACCUGAUGAGAGCUAUUAACUCCCAGCACGUAACAUGACGCAUACCGACGCAAGGACUACACGAUUAUGGAACGCGACAUGAUUAGUCUACGCUCGUUGUUAAGACUGUUUGCUACCGAUAAGAAUACGACAGUUGUUUAAGAAAUCGUCAUUCUCCUUAAACACAUUUAAGGACACAUAUUAAUAUCCAUGCAUGGUUUAGUUUAAUGAUGGUAAUUACACUGUCAUGUUUGAUAUACGGAUACAUUCAUUGGGAGAUAGAGGAUAGCAUUUGGUAAGAAGGAUUCCCUGAUUGUGAAACUGUGCCUCAUUUUUAUACCAAGCUCCUAACUUAUGUGGCAGUGCUUCGGAUGUACCAUACACCUUGGUGCGGUACACCUUGGUCACUCGUUAACGUUUAACGAUCCAAUAUUAGGCUGGAUAAUCGCGGCUCGUACGUCAAUUAUCGCUCUGGAUAAGUUUUCAUCUAGAUAUGUCGCUCAGUACUUACAUAUAAUACAAUAUUUGCAGUGUGCUCCCGAUAUCAUUCCGUGAUAUCGAAUUUAUUUAAUUUAGCUUAUAAUAACCAAAUUAAAUGGCAGCAAAUUAUUCUACGUACUUUUCAUGAA